AUGAAAAAUUAUUAUCCAAUUCAAUUAUUCUUUGUAAGUAGUCUUAUAAUGACAGUAGUACUUACAAUAAGAUGUACUUUUUCAGCCUUAUUUGUAUGUUUGAUUUUGAAUAUUUUGGAAUGCUUAACAUCCCUUAUCCUUAUCAAGAAGUACACAAACUUUGUUAUUGUCAUUCAUAAACUAUCAAAUAUAGCCUUAAUAACAUCCUUUUUCUUUUAACGUACUUAUUAUGAUUGCACAUCUUUAAUACUUUAUAUAAUAUCUGAUACUCAACCAAUUUUAGCCUUAAUUGAAAAAAAAUAAUAUUUCCUCAAUUUUUAAUAUGCAGUAAUAUUUUAUGCAAGCGUAAGUGCAACUUUAAAUAAGUAAUUGAAUGAUCAAUUGUUUCUUAUUACGGCGAUGUUUGUAUAUUUAUUAUCAUAAGCCCCUUAACACAUUUUUUUGUAAAUUGCUGAAAAAAUUACAAAUAAUAGUGCAAUCUAAUUACAGUAAUCAUAAAUCUAAAAUCGAUAAGUUUAAAAUCAAUUACAUUAACUUUAAUUACAGUCGUCACGUAAAGAAAUGAAAGAACUGAUUGAAUUGGAUCAACCAAAUUCAGCUAAAAUGGAUUCUUUUCUUGAUAAUAAUGAAUUACAAUUCAAAAAAUCAAAUAUUUCUAUUUAACUUUCUUCAGGAAGACCUCUUAAACAAUCAGAAUAAAUAUCCAUUGAAAUUUGUCAUUAAUCUUAGUUAUAAGAUAAAAUUUGGAAACAAAGAUUAAAGAGCAUACCUGUUGGUAUUGCCUUAAUUGAUAAGAAUACUAAUGAUUUUACUUAUAAAAAUUAAUAUCUAGAUUAAAUGAUGACCAAAACACUUUAAAUAGAACUUGAAGAUUAUCCAGCAUAUUUACUGAAUUAAUUGAAAUUUAAAGUUAUAGAUUAAGGUUCUGAAUAUAAAAGAAGCAAUUUCUCUCACUAUUUUAGUAUGAGAUAAAGCAAAGCAAAUAUUUAAGUAGAUUUUUUUGGAAGAACUCUUACAUAAUCUUAAAAUGCUCAUAAAAAAAAAGGAUCAGAAUCUUCAAAAAAUAUAAGCGAAUUUGAAAUUCAUCAUCCAUAAAAAGUUUAUUCUCUUAAUCAAAUUAUUAAUAAACUUUAAGAUGGUUUCUUUGAUAAUUAAUUAAAUGAUUAAGAUCAUACUCUAGAAUUGUAUUGUAAAUAUCAGUUAAAUGUUAAUAAUAUUAUUCAUUUAAAUCUUAAAGUACUCUACAGUCCUGAUUAAGUAGAAAUGACAGUUAUCAUUUAAGAUUAUACAAGAUAAAAUAAAUUAUAAAGAAUUGAAGAACAAGAAGAAUUUAAAUCUAAAAUGAUAAGUUCAUUUAGUCAUGAAUUACGCACUCCAUUAAAUAGUGCUACAUUAUUCUUUAAAUCUGCUUUGCUUGAUAAUCGAUUAGAUAAAUUUAUUAGAGAUAAUUAUAUAUUGCCUGGAUUAUCAUCAUUAAUGAGAUAAUCUCAUUUAGUGAAUGAUAUUAUAGAUUUCUCUUAAAUUAAUGCUGAAAUUUUAGAACUUAAAUAUUCUGAAUUCUACUUAAAGGAACUAACCUAGGAAUUAACAUAAUUAUUUAAAUUUGAAUUUAAAGCUAAAAAAAUUGGAUUAGCUUUCAAAAUAGAUUACAACGUUCCACCAACAAUCAAAUCAGAUUAUCAAAGAUUACUUUAAAUAUUAAUAAAUCUACUUUAUAACGCAUUAAAAUAUUCACAGCAUGGAUAUGUUUUAGUUACUAUUAAAACUAAUAAUUCAUACAAUACUAUUCUAUUCUCAAUUGCAGAUGAAGGUGUUGGAAUAACUUCAUCAAAGUUAUAUUAAAUCUAAAAUGUUUUAAAAGAUCAUCACACUUCAACUUAAGAUUGGAAUGGUUUUGGUUUGAUUUUAUCUUAAAUGUUAUUGCGAUACUUAGGACCACUUUAAAAUAAUGAUUUAAUCAUUAAUUCAUAAGGUUUAGGUUUAGGAACUACAGUUUAAUUUAAUAUUACUAAUCAUAUUAAUAUGAAUGAUUAUUAUGUUAAAACAAGAAAAAAUGUUUAAGCUCAUGAUCAAAUAUUAACAUUACCUGAUUUAGAUGAAUAUAAUGGAUUACUCAUUACAAUCAAAAGUUAAACAGAAAGUAAGCAAAUCUUAAAUGUAGAAAAUAAAUAAAUCUUAAAUCAAUCUUUAACAUCUUAUAAAGCAAUUGAGGAUUUCAUGAAAAUACCUGAUGCUUAAACUCAUUUGGUUACAGAAUUAAAUCUAUUAUAUAAAAAUGGAUGGGUUAGAUAGUCUAAAAGUUCUAAAAUACCUAAAUCUUAAGAACAAAAAUAUUAAAAAUGCAAUUGUAGAACUAUCCUUUCAGUUGAUGAUGAAAUCUUUAAUUAACAAUCCUUAACUUGUAUAUUAUAAAAAUUCAAUUUUGAAAUUGAAACUGCUUAUAAUGGCUAAUAAGCAAUUAAAAUGAUAGAGUAGAAAAUUUCCUGCGGUUAAUAAUGUCGCAAGUAUUUACUUAUUUUAAUGGAUUGUCAAAUGCCUGUAUUGGAUGGAUGGUAAACUUCUAGAAUCUUGAAAUAGAAGUUUCAAUAAGGACAACUCAAACCUAUUCCUAUUGUUGGCUUUACAGCUUUUACCAGUAAAUAAGAUCUUGAACAAUGUAAGUAGGUUGGAAUGAUUGAAGUUCUUAAUAAACCUUUAUAAGUUAAGAAACUUAAGCAUAUUAUGGAGAAACUCAAUUUAUUAUGA